AUGUUUGAUGGUUGCUAUGAUGAACCUAUACCACCGGUACCCACCACCCCCAUUCAAGUAGCACAUAAACUACCAGCAGAAGAAAUGAAAUCAGCAGAAUCUCCAACGAGAUAUACGUUCGAUGAUUUUCCGAUUACCAAGAGAGAAACACUGAAUGUGUCCAAUUAUAAGCUGGAUCUUGUAUAUGCCAAACGAACUUUGGGUUUGGCUGUUCGCUUGAAAAAGGGGGAUUGUAUACGAUCAUCGUUGUUAAAUGAUCUAGCAACGGAAAAGGAAAUUCGGGCAGCAGCUCGAGCAUUAGAAGAAGAAGUUUUAAACCCAGGGAAGAAUUUUGUUAAUAAGGAAAGUGUGCCUUUUCUAAAUAAGCAUUUCAUAGUUACAAUGGAGAAGGAAAGCCUCUUGUUUCCUGAAGCAAUUUAUUAUUGUGAGCUAUGCUCAUUUCAUAUGAAUAAUAUAAAUCAAGCUAAAUCUCAUGUGGAACAGUAUGCAACUCAUUUAGAUGGUGAAGAACGUUUCCAACAAAGGAAAAAUCUGUUCAAUAGUUUGCCUAAGCCCAGUAAUAAUCAUCUUGAGGCUCUAAACACUUUGAUUUUGCACGAAGUUGGAGAGGGUCGGAUCAAGACUUCUUCAAAUCUUCAACCUAAUAAUUUACAAUCCUUUGUUAAAGAAAAAACUGAGAGUCUUACCAUAAUGCUUCAGAAGAUUAUUCCAGACAAGUUAGUGACGCUGACGAAUUAUGGCUCAGUGUUAACCGAUUGUGAUACUUGCCACAGUAACGUCAAUUAUUUGUUAAAUGUAGAAAACUGUAACAUCUCCGAAUCUUUCGUGAUUUUGAGCAAAUUCUACAAUGGUUUGCAAAGUCAUCAAAAACAAACUAACGAGAUUUCAAACAUUGUUCUCAGCGAUAGCAUGCCUCCUAAUAUCUCCUUUGUGAUGAAUAACGUGGAGGUUGUCUUGUCGUGGAAGAACGAUGAACACGUAGAAACGAGUAAACUCAUUAAAAUUUUUAGUGGAGUCUGUGCGAACUUGUCAGUUAUAUUGCGCUUCGUGCGACGAUGGGCUUCGAUUUCAGGGUUAGAUAACUCGAACAAGAAAGGAUGUGGCUUUUGUAGUUUUGUUUUCGAUUACAUGGUCAUUCAUUUCUUACAAAAAGAGGGAUUCGUCCCUCACUUGAAGGAUAUUUUCGCUGGUUAUGUUAAUGAGGAUAGUGAGGAGAACUUCGCUACAAGCUAUUUGCCUCACUUUGACGCACUGUUCGCUGAUAUUGCUGAUUCGAAUAAGUUAAAUGCACUCCGGAAACGACUCAAAGUACCGGAGAAGUGGAACUAUGCCGACCUGUUUCUGAAAUUCUUGAAAUAUACAAUCGAGAAUAAAACGGAUGUCGUUCAAAUCGUUUCCAAAACGCCAAUAUUGCGAAAGAGCACCAAGCUCAAAGUUUCGGUUUUACAAGUACAAGACCCUUAUGGAGAGAACAUUGCUAGUUGUUCGAAGGCGUUUCAAUGCUACUUCCUUAAUUGCUUCCUGAUUUCCUAUGUCUAUUUCUCAAUUCCCCAAAACUCUGAUGGACCGCUGACGAAAAUAAACUUCUAUCAGAAGUUGGUGGAGAGUCCGAGAAAGAAGAAGACAAAAGAAAAAGAUUCACAGUUUCAAAAGGUUCAGCUAAAACUGAAAGAAAACGAAACACCCGAAAAAACGAAAGCUGUGCGAACGUUGGCUGGCCACAGCACUGAACCACAGUCUGUUAAACCGAAUAAAAGUCCUGCAGAUGAAGAUGAGGAAAUCGAGAGGUUAACUAAGGAGUUGGAGAAGCUACAACAGAGUGCUAAAGUGAUUCCAAUAACACAAGAAGAAUGUAUAGAGUUUAACGGUCCUAACCAAUAUCCCAAAAAAGCAAUGUUGGAUAUCAAUAGUAGCAGUACCUACCAAUUGACUACAGAAGUUAUGAAAAUCAUCAGAGCUCAAAAACUUUUAACAACAAAAAAAAAGCCUCUUCGACCGGGCUUGAUUCUACUGAAUCCCGAAUCAAUGCAAAGUCCUGAGCUAGUGAACUUCUAUAACAGGAAAAAGAUAAAUUGGAAAGAUGAAAUAAUCCAAGACCGAAUAGAGCCUAUUACUCCAGGAAAUGAUGCCGUUGAUGCUGCUGCAGAGAAUCUAAAUUCCGACAACGUCUGUUUUGAAGAGUUUUUCAUGGAGUAUGACUUGGCUGGCAUUAAGAGCAUAAAAGAGAAGGUUAAGUCUUGGACAGCUUCCGAUUAUCGCUACGUGUUUCUGGACUCUCACAAUUUCAAUAAGGACUUUUGUCCGGAGUUGAAAUGUACGUUCUGUGACAAGCUGAACCAUUCGACAGCUCAUUGCCAUCGAACGAAGACACCAGCUCUCACACCUUAUCCGAAGAAGGAUUCAAAUGGAUUGUUCGAGUUGGAUACUUUGAUCAUGUUUAAUCAUGGAAGGGAGAAAUUGAGUGAUUCAUCACAGAAAAACUCCGCUGAUGCUGUUCAACAUCUAGCAAACAUUUUGUCUGAUUUCUUCAGAAGAAAAGUCAAGCUUGAGAUCUUUGGUUCUUUGGUGAACGGGUUCGGUACGAAAGGAUCCGAUUUGGACGUUUGUUUCACUUUUGCGAACUCACCUGCAGCUCCUCCGGAAAUUGACCCUAAAAAUGUUAUUAAACAGAUAUACAAAGCCUUGAUCUCAAGACAUAAGUUCGUCUCGAACAUCACGCGAAUCCUUAUGGCUAAGGUUCCCAUAGUCAAGUUUGUAUAUCAUUACCACGGAUUAGAGUAUCACACAGAUAUAAGUUAUUAUAAUUGUCUUGCCAUACACAAUUCGAAGCUUCUCCGCACCUAUUGUCUGUACGAGCCAGUACGCUUGCCCCAGUUAGGUUUAUGGGUUAAAAAGUUCGCUAAAGUUUGCGAUAUUGGAGAUGCUUCGAAGGGAUCUCUGUCUUCUUAUUCAUAUAUAAUAAUGUUGAUUCAUUACCUUCAAAAUUGCGAACCACCCGUGCUGCCAAGACUACAAGAGGACUUCAAGACAGAUAGCACUCCUCAGAAAAUCAUCGAAGGAUGGGACGUCUACUUCCAUGAUAAAAUUACGAAAAAGAAGUCCAAAAACACCAUGAAGGUUUCCGAGCUGUUCCUCGGCUUUCUUGAUUACUUUUCGAGUUUCAAUUAUUAUCACAAAGUGAUUCAAAUUAGACGAAAAGAAGAAUUAUUGAAAAUGGAGAAGCGGUGGAAUAGACCCAUUUGUAUCGAAGAUCCCUUUGAUCUCAAACAUAACCUAGGCAACGUUGUUAAUUCGAAGAUGUUCCUCUUCAUCCGCCAGUGCUUCAUUUCUGCCAGAGAUAUUUUCAAUUCAGAAGAGACGCGAUUGGCUUUCUGCCUGAGAAUGGGGAGACAUCCUAUGGAUAUUAUCCAACCUCAUGAAAUUCCAGCCUACAUGGAAUUCUCGCUGGAUGCAUGUGAUUUUGGUAAUGCACCGUCUGUUCGUUAUUACCGAUCACGAGCUGGUAACAACAACACGGAGGAACACAACAAACAAACACCGAAACGUCAAACUCAAGAAGAUGCAGGUCAGACGAAUGUAAAAGAGAGAAAAAAUCAAACGUCUACACCGAAUCGUCGAAGGAACAAGAAAUCAUAUAAUCGUCCGGCUUUAAAUCCCAACCAGAAUGGAACGACCCAAGUUGCUUCUCCUCGAGCUUGA